CCAGGGAAUAAGGCGCUGAGCGCGGGGAAGAUUGACGAGGCGGUGCGCUGCUACACGGAGGCCCUGGCACUUGACCCAGCCAACCACGUCCUCUUCAGCAACCGCUCUGCCGCCUACGCCAAGAAGGGUGAAUAUGACAGUGCGCUCAAGGACGCCUGCCAGACCAUCAAGCUCAAGCCCGACUGGGGCAAGGGUUACUCACGAAAAGCUGCAGCCUUGGAAUUUCUUGGGAGAUUCGAGGACGCUAAAGCAACCUAUCAAGAAGGUCUCAGAAAAGAGCCGUCGAAUCAGCAACUAAAGGAGGGGCUUCAGAACAUCGAGGCGCGGCUAGCGGAGAAGAAGAUCAUGAACCCGUUCGCCGUACCCAACCUGUAUGAGAAGUUGGAGGCAGACCCUCGCACACGAGCCCUUCUGACCGACCCCAGCUACCGCGAGCUGCUGGAGAAACUCCAGAAGCCGUCUGAGCUCGGCACGAGGUUGCAGGACCCGCGGGUGAUGACCACUCUCUCUGUGCUGCUGGGCUUGGACCUGGCUGGCAUGGAUGAAGACGACGAGCCGGCCCCGCCCCCUCCACCCAAACCCAAAGAGACAGCCCCGCCUCCUCCCAAAGAGGAAGACCUUCCAGAGAACAAGAGAUUGGCGUUGAAGGAGAAGGAGCUGGGGAACAUGGCGUACAAGAAGCGGGACUUUGAGGUGGCCCUCAGGCACUAUGAGGAGGCCUGCAAGCAUGACCCCACCAACAUGACCUACCUGUCCAACCAGGCCGCUGUGUUCUUCGAGAGGGAGUUUGACAAGUGUAGAGAGCUCUGUGAGAAAGCCAUUGAUGUGGGGAGAGAGAAUCGCGAGGACUACAGACAAAUUGCCAAGGCCUAUGCCAGGAUUGGCAACUCUUACUUCAAGGAGGAGAAGUAUAAAGAAGCCAUUCAGUCCUUUAACAAAAGCCUGACUGAGCACCGCACACCCGAGGUGCUGAAGAAGUGCCAGCAGGCAGAGAAGAUUGUGAAGGAGCAGGAAAAGAUGGCCUACAUUAACCCUGAGUUGGCACUGGAAGAGAAGAACAAGGGCAAUGAAGCCUUUCAGAAAGGUGACUAUCCCGUGGCCAUGAAACACUACACCGAGGCCAUAAAGAGGAACCCCAAUGACGCCAAACUCUUCAGUAACAGGGCGGCCUGCUACACCAAACUGCUGGAGUUCCAGCUAGCGCUCAAGGAUUGUGAGGAGUGCAUCAGACUGGACCCCACCUUCAUUAAAGGGUACACGCGCAGGGCAGCUGCCCUGGAGGCCAUGAAGGACUUCUCCAAAGCCAUGGACGCCUACCAGAAAGCCCUGGAGCUGGACCCCAACUCCAAGGAGGCCACAGAGGGCCUGCAGCGCUGCGUGGUGAGCCAAGCGGUGCGGAACGACAGCCCAGAGGAGGUGAAGCGGCGGGCCAUGGCUGACCCCGAGGUGCAGCAAAUCAUGAGUGACCCCGCCAUGCGCAUGAUCCUGGAGCAGAUGCAGAAGGACCCGCAAGCCCUCAGCGAUCAUUUGAAGAACCCAGUCAUUGCUCAGAAGAUACAGAAACUGAUAGAUGUCGGUCUCAUAGCCAUCCGGUGAUCGCUGAGCACAGGAGACCAAGGGAUACCACCAUCAAAAUCAACACCACACACAAGAGGGAAGAUGGAUUUUCAUUCCAACAAACUCUAGCUCACCAAAUUGUACACUUGUCUGUAUUCUAAUGCGAUAGGGUUUUAAUUUCCCCUUCAUUUAAAUGUACGGCCUUAAAUUGGUAUUCAUUAAACAUGUUAUGGGAAAUAUGUAA